CCUUCCACCACCCCCUUUCUUUGUUUUUGCAUAUACUUCUUAAGUUUCAUCAUCUUCAUCUUCUUCCUUUUCUUGACGAUGGUGAUUAUCUACGAGUCUUUUCUUGAGGGUUGGGUUUGGAAAGUCAUGACCUUGUUGGGAUCUUAAUUUGCUUGUGUUUUUGUCAAAGAAGGUCACUUGUGCUGAUAGAGCAUUAAAUCAUUUCCAGCAAGUGUUGAAGCAUAGGAAGCUCUAGAUUCCACAUAUCUCCUAUUUUGUUAUUGCUUUUGGUCUACAACAGAUGAGAUGUAAUGUACAAGAUUGACAGUUCCAUUGAUUUUUAGGGAGUGCUUGAGUUCCAGUGUUCAAACUUGACAUUGCUGAGUAAUUAUUGCAAAAUGGAGUCCAAACAAGAGCCACCAAGUGUAAUUUUAAAAUUGAUGGGUCUUGAUAAACCGCCUACUGAACAUUCUGUUGGAGUUAAACAGAAAGUGCUCUCCGAUAGCUACAGGCAGAAAAUUGCUUCCAUUGGUGUCAUCAGAAGGAAGCGUUCGUCUCAUCAGCGUGGAAUGAAUACUGAUGAAAAAGAAGAAUCUGAGGAUGUUUCGAAAGUGGCCAAAGCACUAAGGCGAGGUGAGCACCAUAACCCAUCAAUGGGAAAUAGGAAAGAGAAUCCUAGUUCUUGCAAAAAUUCUCAUUUUGGUGGGCAGAGUUCAAGGUCUUUCAGUAAAAUUUCAAAUAUUUCUAUGCAAUCAGGAGAUGUUGCAACCCGAGUUUUAAAUACCACUUUAAGUGCAUUUUUCAGAGGGAAUGAAGCAUUUUCCAAUGAAACGCUGAAGCCUGCUUCAAAUAUUUCAGUUAAUGAGAUCCAAUGCAAUUCAUCUUUCUUCUGUUCUGAUGGUUCAUAUGUAGGCUCUGAAGCCAGGAACAAAACUUUGGAACAGAGGGAUGUGACUGAAAACUUGCGAGAGCUUGGACGGUGUGGUCAAGACAGUACAUGUAAUCAGUUGGCUAUGAUUUCUGCACAUGGAAAUGGAGCAAGAAAUUUGACUCAUGGAUUUGGUUAUAGUAAUGAUAUAAUUGAAAGGAACAUUAGACGUAAGGCUCGUCAUAGAAAUUUUCCAAUACGUCAUGUAGCUUCAGCACAUGGAAGGAACAUUAGUUGGGGAGCCAUAAAUCAGGAUAUCUUGUUUCAGAGAUAUUGGGGGUUGAGAAAGAAUGCAUCUGUAAAUUGGUCAUCCUGGAAGUCAAAGAAUCAAAAUAUUAACCAGAAAGAAUGUUUGGAAGAUGUGAACCAAAGUUGCGGCCAAGAGAAAUUAUCUUCUUUUUCCUCUAAUUUCAAUAAUAAUCACACUGAAGAGAAGAGAUGUUAUGGGACUGAUCUGUCUGAUACGAUAACUAUGCCUCCUCAGUUGUCAAGUUCUAGUUUUUCUCCUGCCUUGCUAGAUUGUCAGAUAUUGCAAGAGAGAUGCUUAAUGAAUGAUGAAGUGAAGAACAAAAAGUAUGAAGACACUAAUAUUUCAAGACAAAAUAUCGUGUCUCCUGAUUCAUCAGUUGAAUUCUUGGCAUCUGAUGCAAAGACUGAGGUUGUUGGCUGGUCACAUUAUAGUCCAACCAAGCAUCAAUCUAAAUCAACACCCUUCAUUUUGGCACAAGAAAUUGAUUCUUCGAGCCAUACAUCAGAUGCUUCUAAGCAACAGGAUCCAUCAGACAUUCAAGAAGAUUCUGUUCAUUCACUUUGCUCUGAGACUGACCCAGAUUCUCUUGGUAGCUCUGAGCAGGCAUAUGGACCUAGUCCAAUUUCUGUUUUAGACCCCUUAUUAUUUGGACAAGACAUUCCAUUCAGCUCUGAAUGUGGCAGUCGUGUAUAUGAUUCCUCUGAAUUAGAUGAUGAAGAAUUUGGUUUGAAUAUUUCAAGCGAUGAAGAUUGUGGGAAUGCAUCUGCGGUUGUUUCCAAAGAAAAGGAAGAUAUAGUAGGAAUAUUUAGAGAUCAAGAAAGUAGGGAUUUCUCGUAUGUUGUUGAGGUCUUAACCGAGGCAGGUAUUUGUAAUAGGAGCUUGUUUACAGACUUCUCUACAUGGCACUCUGCAGAAUGUCCUAUUAGCCCUGUUGUCUUUGAGAUCCUGGAAAAGAAAUUUGGCGAGCAAGAACUUUGGAAGAGAUCUGAAAGGAAACUUCUCUUUGAUCGCAUUAAUUUGGGGCUGCUUGAAAUUUUUGAGCCGAAUUUGUAUAUCCCAAUGUGGGAAAAAACCAUGUCAAGAAGAUUGAAUUCUGAACCUAGCCAGGACAUGAUUGAAGAGGAGAUGUGGGGGUUGCUUGCAGCACAGGAAAAGAAAUCUUGUAAAGAGUUAGCAGACAAUAUGGUUGGAGGGGAAAUUAAGUGGAUAGAACUAGGUGAAGAUGUUGAAGAUAUUGUUAUAGAGAUUGUUAAGUUGUUUAUAGAGGAGCUUGCAGAUGAGAUAGUAGUUAGCUUGGAAAAUUUUUGAAUGGAUAUAGUUUUGUGAGGCUAUGGUAUUUUUUAUAUAUCACAAACAAUUGGUGUACAGUUUGAUUUUGAGGAGCUGAUUUUUGAGUCAAUUUUGAGAGUUUGAAUUAGGACAUAGGUAUUUGAAGAGUUUGAAUUUGCAUAUAGGUACAAGUAUACUAUUCUUUCAUAUGGGAUAAUGUUGAUUUUAUUUGUGUCCAAAUUAAAAAAGGAAACUGCUUGUUGGUUGUUGUA